AUGGGGCGUUCGGGCAAGUUGCGCUCCGGCUCUGCCAGUAAACUCAAGCGCUGGCGCAAGGGGCAUAGCAGCGACAGUAACCCGGAGGGGAGACGCUACCGCCUGGCUGCCCGGGGUCGCUUGCUCGCUCCCCGAUCCGGUAUGUGCGGCCAGGAUAAGUGGGGGAAUAGGAAGCACUUAUAGAAGGAGGGGGGAUCGGAAUAGAAGGGCUUCAGAGAGAGAGAAAUCUGCUACGAGGGCCUAUAGCAUCAUGGGGUUGAAGAAAAGCAUUUUUCACCCGGAGAAAUGUACUUUGUUUAGUUAUCCUACGUUAUUGAACGUUAAAACCGUGGAACUUUCCGAGCUGAAUGAAUUCCUGUACCCACCCUGUGUGAUAUAGCUGGUGUCAGCAUCUUAUGUGCCCCAUAACACAAUACAAAAGACAAGAAGUGUAUAUUUUCUCCUAUUAAGUGUGACAUUUCAUUUUCCGCAGCCACCCUUGUUGCUAUGGGUGAAGUACCGCUGUCUGUAGUGCUUGUUCAUUGAUGGUUAAGUUGGAAUAAUAGUUGUGGAAGGAUACUUGUGCAAACUUUGAUACCAAGCCAGUGAGUAGCUAUCUAAAGCCGUGGCCAGCCUGUUGUGGAUUAAUCUCCUUUCUGGAUUGCCUGGAAACAACUUGGCUUGUCAUUUGCGACUCUCUUGGUAGGCCUUAUAUGGACAGAAACCUCAUAGCAAUCUGUUAUGAAGUGUGUUCCCUUCCCAGUGUUGAUUGAAGGUUUGUCUUUCCCUUACAGAAAACAGUAACCUGACUGUGGAUGCUCUGAAACUGCACAAUGAACUACAGUCAUCAGGACCCCUGCCUGCCUCACGGGAUGGGGAAGGGAGUCAGCUGUGCAUGGAGGAGGAUGACAAUGCCGAAACUGCUAAGACCCACAAAUCUUCAGCCACCUUCCUGAGUGGACUGAGUGACUGCACCAGCCUCACCUUCAAUAAAGUGCAGCGUUUCUGGGAGUCCAACUCUGCGGCUCACAAGGAGGUAAUUGAAUGCCAACUCCUAGGAAGUCACAAGGGCAGUGAAAGGGAGGGGCAAAGAAUAUUGGGGGAAAGCACGCAGAGGAAAAAGUCAGUUUUUGACUGUAAGAGGAGAUGGAGUGGAAGAGAGGCCAGCAGAGAAGAAAGUGGGUAAACAAUACAUUAGAAGGAAUGCAGAAAAGUGGAUACCAAGCAACCAAAGUGAUAGACUAAAAGAAGUUACAGCAGUCAACUGACAGUGUGUCACACAAGCAGCAGUUAUGUUGUUAGCUCAUUGUUAACUGCCCUAAAGCUACAAUAUUAAUAAGUAAUACAGUGGUACCUCGGGUUACAGACGCUUCAGGUUACAGACUCCGCUAACCCAGAAAUAGUACCUCAGGUUAAGAACUUUGCUUCAGGAUGAGAACAGAAAUUGUGCAGCGGUGGAAGGCCCAAUUAUCUAAAGUGGUACCUCAGGUUAAGAACGGCCCUCCGGAACGAAUUAAGUUCUUAACCUGAGGUACCACUGUAAUCAUAUUCAUAAGAGUUGCCAGUCUGCCUCUCUCCGUUCGUAACUGAGAACUGUGUGCACUAUAUUUGUUAUUCCGGAUUGAACAGUUUGUAGUUGAUGGCUGUCUGGUAAUAAUGUAAGAGAUGGACCCUCAGAGGCACAUUAUGAAUGCACUGGCUUCCUGCUACGUAUUGGGGGCACUUCAUUGUUCUGAGGGAAAUGGAGAAAGAAUUGCUAUGCCAUUUUGGAAAUUUAAAGCAGAACUUGAAUUCAUACUUAGAUUGCAAGAAUUAGAAAAGUGGGCAUUGUGCCUCCAUCUCCAGAUUGAAGGAGCAAGUGAAAUGAAUGUCAAUCUACCACUCAUCUCCCUGGACCUGUAGUUCAGACACAACCUUCCUACUCUCAUGUCAGCUCAAGAGCCCAGCACAGUGGUUAUAGAUAGCUGAUCUGCUCUUCCAGCUAUUUGCUUAUCUAUGUCAAAAUCAUGCUGACCAGUAAUCAGUGGUGAAGUUUUAAGUCUCUCCGGGAAGCAUUCAUAGGGAUGGACAACAAUACUUGUAGGUGUUGGGGUGGCAUGUUGUGAGGGAAUGUUAAAUUAAUUUGGGCUUUAAUCUGAACUCUCGCACUUGUAUUCUUUGAUAGAUAUGUGCGGUAUUGGCUGCUGUCACCGAGGUGAUCCGAGCACAGGGUGGCGUAGAGAGUGAGACAGAGUAUUUUGGUGCAUUGGUAAGUACCAGUACUGUGAAAUGAGGCAGGCAGGAGCUACCUGGAAGUUUCAGGUCACUAAUAUGUACAGUUGAGUGUGGUUACUAUGUGUGGUUAAUAUGUACAGUUAAUAUGUACAGAGUGUGGUUAAUAUGUACAGUUGAGUGUGGUUACUGCUGUGAUCGCAGUACCCAUCAAUAAUCCCAAUAAACAAACAGACUUGACCGUCAUAGGGCAAAUAGCAGACAGGAAGUAAUGGGAAGACCUUGUAGCAUUUGCAUGAACAGCUUAUCUUGCUUCCCUUCAUGCUUAUUACUUAUUUAUUUUAUUACUAUGUUUACAUCUUGCCCUUCAAGGAAAAUUUUCAGGGAAGCUUAAAUAAAAUUCAGUAAGCACAACCAACACCAAUCCCACUGGAUGAAACAAUUCCAAACACCAGUCGGAGUGGUGGUGGUGGUGGUGAGAUAAGGCUCCACUUGAUAUGCACUCAGCCUAGGGAACAGGGAAAUAUACCACUAAGAAAAUUGCAAAAUGGUGCAUCCAUGGUAGCAACUGCAGAGGGAGCCAAUGAACUCAUGAUAACAAUUGAGCCCCACAGCACAGCCCUCAUCUAUAUUUCUGACACUCAUAUACUGGUGGUGGCAUGCUAUGAUUGGGUGCUCCCUGCAGCAUAUCCUGCAUUUUAUCAUAACAAUAUGGGAGGUGGGGGAAGAUUGUCACAUGAGCCAGCAUAUGGCCAGGUUGUUGUUGCCAUUAUUAUUAUUUAAAUUUGGAUACUGCCCUUCAUCUGAAGAUCUCAGGGUGGUUUCAUAGCGUAAAAAUACAGAAUAAAACCACAAAGUACAUACCGUAGUUUUCGCUCCAUAACACACAUUUUUUUCCUCCUAGAAAGUAAGGGGAAAUGUCUGUGUGUGUUACGGAGCGAUUGCUUCCCUCCUCCGUGGCUCGCUUUGAAACAGCAAAGCGGGAGAAGAGCCACUGAAUGGGGAGGAGAGAGGGACAGAGAGCCUACUUCUUUAAAGGAGCAAAGCAGGAGAGGAGAGGAGCUGCUUACACGAGUGUAAGCGGCUCCUGUCCGGUUGGCUCCUUUAAAGCAAGCAGGCUCUCUGUAUCUCUCUCCUCCCCACUCAGUGGCUCUUCUCCCGCUUUGCUGGAAAUAGCAGGAAAGAUUUUCAGCUCGCUGGGGGGCGGGGGGGAGGAGGAGAGAAGCAGAAACUGCUUGCUUUAAAGGAGCAAAGCGGGAGAGGAGAGGAGCCUUCUCCCCUUAUACCCCUCUUCUGCAUUAUUAGCAGCAUCCUUCUCCACACACUCAACACGUGCUCCUUGUCCUUGGAGUGGUUUUCCUUCCCUCCCCAUUUAAAACGUUUUUACAAAGCACAGAUCCACAUGGAUCAUCAGGAUUUAUGCACUGGGUCACCGCAAAUUCACCAUCAGAUCACAUAGCAUGUCCAUGGCUACAGUUUGCACCAAAAAAAUCACGCACCCACUGUUGCCUGGGGCCGCAGUGGUGCAAAAACGUGGUUACAAACAUGGAUCCACAUGGAUCCUCAGGAUUUUUGCAUUGGGCUACCCCAAACUCACCGUCAGAUCACAUGUCUGUGGCCACAGCAUGAACCACAAAAAUCAGACAUCCACUGUUUCAUUUAGAAUAUUUUUUUCUUGUUUUCCUCUUCUAAAAACUACGUGCGUGUUAUGGUCGGAUGCGUGUUAUCGAGCGAAAAAUACGGUAAUAUAAACAUAAUAAGAGCAAAAACAAACCAAUAACCUAAAGGUGCUCCGUUAGACUUCAAGAUGCAAUCCCAGGGAGUCCAACAUCCUUUCUAAUUACUUCCUGCACCAUACUAUGUCUCCUCAGAUGACUACUCUGGAAGCUGUGGAAUCUCCAGAGUCCCUGGCUGCUGUUGCUUACCUGCUGAAUCUGGUGUUGAAGAGGUGAGUUCGAAGAACAUGAGAAAAGUACUUCUGGACCAAAGCAGUGGCCCACAUCAGGAUGCUUUAGAAAAGGAUUAGAAGAGUUGAGGAUGCAAGCAUAACCUUCAGUGCUAUCUUGACUAUUUCCUGGACAAAGGCUGAUCUGGAUGUAGCUAUUGAAUGCGUUGGGCCCUGUUGUGAAUCCAUUUACACUCUUGACCUCUUUUUUCUUGUAUUUUGGCAAUGAGUCCCCAAGAUAAAUUAUCCUUCCACUUUGUGUUGCUGUUGCUUUUUAAUUGAUUGACACAUUAAUAUGAUGUGUUACUGAAAUAAAAGUCCCCUAGCAAUUUUUUGUCCCUGACCUUUUAAACUGUCCUUCAUGAUAAAAAAACUUGAAUCUAUUAGACAUUCAUUUUCUGGUAUCUUUUCUGCAGCCCUCAUCACUCAAGCACUUCUGUGUACAUUUACCACUUCACGAUAUCUCUGUUUAGAUAAGAUGACCAGAAUUCCCCACCAUGACCCAAGUGUGGAUGUUGUUGCUCUUACAUUUGACAGUGGAUAACUGUACAAGUGAUGAAGUGCAAGAGCUGGUCUGGGCCUUUGGUGACUCUCUUGUCUUUUGAAAUAGAGUGGGUGAUUCAUGUACUGGGAGUUUAGAAGUAUAGGGUGCUACCAAACUAAGCCUAGCUGCAAGAUAGUAAAGUUCCUUGGAAGCAAAGGGUAGUGGAAUAUAGUCAUACCUUGGAUCUUGAAUGCCUUGGCUCCCGAACAAAUUGGCUCCUGAAUGACUGAAACCCGGAAGUGAGUGUUCUGGUUUUCAAACAUUCCGGGAUUCCGUGGCUUCCGAUUGGCUGCAGGAGCUUCCUGCAGCCAAUCAGAAGCCGCACUUUGGUUUCUGAACAUUUUGGAAGUUGAACAGACUUCUGUAAUGGAUUCCGUUCGACUUCCAAGGUAUGACUGUACUUGCUAUUGGUUUCGCCUAACAUUGAUGCCUCCUCCUAUCUCUUAACUCCCAAAUAGGGUACCAGGUCCUGUGCUGAUCAAGAAGUUCUCUGAUACAUCAAAGGCCUUUAUGGGGAUCUUAGGCUCCCAAGCCUGUGGAGACUCCACCUCGGCCCUGCGCUGGGUAAGUGUUUCAGGGGAGGACUAACUGUGGGGCAGGAGGGACAUCUGGAUAUUGGGUGUAGGCAGCUGUUGUGAUUAAUAGAAUCCUUUAUGUAGUGUGAUGUGCCCUUGUGAUUGUAUUGUGAAAUCCCUUUGUGAUGUUUCAUGGGAAAUAAUGCAGAAAUGAAAUAUAAAUAAAUUAAAAAUGCAUGUCCCGGAGUCAGGGGCCAUUCUGCAUAGCUUCUUGGUUUAUUGCUUUUCACCCCACCACCCCCACAAGCAAGGUGUGUGGAGCAGUGCUGGGUUGAAUGAAUCCUGUUGAUAGGCCCAAAGAUAAAGGGCGUAGGUAGUGGUGUCAGAUGCAUCAGAAAUUUAAAACUGAACCCCUGGCUUAAGGGCUUACUCGUGUAUAUGGAAGGAUGUUUCUUGGCAUAGUGAUAGCACUCUAUGUCCAUCCUUAAUCUGUCUCCUUUCAGGUACUCUCCUGCCUAGCUACAUUGCUGCGAAGACAGAACCUGGUAGCUUGGAAUUACCCUGUGACAAUGCAAGUUUUUCAUGGCAUUCUGAGCUUUACUGUCCAUGUCAAGCCCAAGGUGAGUUCACAUCACCUACCCUGCUCAGCACAAACCAGUCAGUUUCACUGCACUUGGCAGCAUGCACCCCAACGCUGCCACAGUAACUUUCACUUUUGUUUCAUCUGUUAACUGUAUGUCCCACCUUUCCACGUGGAAUGCCUAUGGGGGCUAACAAUAAAGUGUAAUAAGAGAUGCAGCCCAUUUCCAGUAUGUAACUGCUUGGAGUUGGGCAUGAAGUAAACAGCCCAGCUCACCACCCUCUCUCCCUCCCCUUUCCUCGGUUGCAGGUUCGCAAGGCUGCUCAGCAUGGUGUUUGCUCCAUCCUGAGAGGUAGCGAAUUCCUCUUUGGGGAUGGGGCUCCCUCGCAUCACCCAGCUGCAUCUUCUGCUGCCAAGUUCUGCGUGCAAGAGAUUGAGAAAGCUGGAGGUACUGGAGACGGGAGAUUCAUGAGUUGUGUUUUAUUCAUAUUUGCAAGCUGCUCUGGAACAAAUCUCCCUGAAGGGUGGGGUGUGAGUUUUAUAAUAAUAAACUCUGUUGGAGAAGGUAGCAGUGCUAGACCUCUUUGGUUUUCCAGGUGCCAAAGAGGCCACAACCACUCUUCAUGUACUCACUCUGCUGCGUGACUUGCUGCCCUGCCUGCCUGCCCCAUCUGUCAAAUCUUGCUGCGAGACCCUCCUUCGAGUUAUGACCCUUAGCCAUGUGGUGAGCUCUCUUCUGUUGGUUAACAGUGGCUUUGUGGUGCUGCCUCUGCUCAGGGGAUGCCACACCGCCCAGUGGGGAGAGCCAACGUGCUUCAGUAAGAAUGAAAGCAUGAAUAGUUUUUGUUUGUUACCAAUGGGGGCUUGGUAUGAAUUACCUAUGUACCUAAAGUCCCUCUUAAGGAUGGGAAAUAAUUGCCCUGUCACUUUAAGGGGGACACUCCAUUACCAUAUUUGGCACACUGGCUUUUGUGGGGGAGCCAAUGUAUCUGGUGCUUUUAAAAGAACUUAUUUUUACACAUCUUCUCUCCACCCCCCAGCUAGUGACAGCAUGUGCUAUGAAAGCUUUCCACAGCCUCUUCGUUGCGCAGCCGCCCCCAUCCUGCCUGCCAGCUGAACUCAAUGCCCAGAUCAUCAUGGUGAGUACUGUAAGAGUCAGGCUAGAUGAGUGGGAGGUGCAUAACCAGCCCUGGGGGCUCAAAUAUUUCGUUAUUCGUUUUGGUACAUAUAUAUCCUACUUUCCAAGGCAAAAACCCUUCUCAAAGCAGUUCACGAGCUAGUAUCAAUACAACUUUAAAACAAUGCAGAUUCAGUAAACAACCAAUAAUGCUAUCUAUUCUGCUUUACCAGGCCCUAUAUGACUAUUUACCCAGUGAAAAUGACCUGCAGCCUCUGCUGGCCUGGCUAUCUGUCAUGGAGCGGGCACAUGUCAAUCUGGCAAAGUAAGGAGGAGAGCAGUGGGGAAGAUGGAUGGGUGGUGGUGGGUCUACUCCCCAGCUGGUCCAUAACAAAAGGUCUCUCCGUUCUCUAGGCUGCAGUGGGAUCUGUGCUGGGCUCACCUUUCCCGCCUCUUCAGUGCGGCAAUGAACUGCUUCCUUUCUCCUCACACACAGGUGGCGGCGGCUGCUGCUCAAACCCUAAAGGUACUGUCCCAUCUUUUCUCCCAAGUGUACCAUGUAGGGCUGUCAAGAAUUGUGUGCUGCUGAAAUAAAGAUUUGUUUGGCAUUUCAGUGAAAGUAAGCGACCCCACUCUCCCCAAAAGUCCUCUUUGUGAAUAGACACCUACAGAGAACUUUUGCAUUGCCCGCUUCAGUUCAACCCCGUGAUGUAACAGGAUACUUGGACCUACAGCCAGCUUGCUGCAAGCACUGAUUGGCACUCACCGAAAGCCUGCUUUAAGGAGGCAUCAGCUGUGCUGGUGGGGAACUCCUUAGCACAGUCCAUCACUGCAGGCUUGCUGUAUAGCCAGUCAGCUGGCAGCACAAGUUUCUCUUGGCAAGGAAUAACUGGAGCACUUUCAUGCUCCUGAUUGUUUGGCAUCUAUGUCACCAUGUGGGUAAGAGGGCAUGGUUUGAGGAAAACUGCCUUGUGGGCCCAAUUGGGACACAUGCUGGACUUUGCCCACCCCUGCUGUAAGGAGAGUGGGCUAGUGCUAAAGGUAUGUGUGUGUGUUUGCCUCUUGUUGUAGGUCUUGCUCAAUGAAUGCGUGGCCCCCCACAUGGCAGAGCUGGGGCUGGUUUCCUCUGCCACCCCCUCUGGACCAGCUGCUCACAUCUGCAAGAUGUUCAGGUAGAAGAAGUGGCCCAGCGGGUUGAGGGAAAGAGGUCAAAAUCCUGGUUUUGAAAGGCUGCGUGUUGAAUAGCUAUUUGCUUUUCUCCUUGCAGGGCAGUGGAAGAGGGCUUGACAUACCGAUUCCAUGCGGCAUGGGCCUCCGUGUUGCAGGUUCUGAAGACUUUCUUUGAAGUGUGUGGGCAUCAGUGCCAUCUCGCCAUGUGUAAGGUAAAUGAGUUUCUGUGGUGACAGCCCUGUUCCACCAGAGACAAGAAGGGAUCCCCAUGGCAAAAGAACAUUUGGACACUGAGGCCCUGCAAACUUCUGAGAUUCAUUGUUGCUAAACUUUUCUAGAGCUCUUAGGAUCGUGAGCUGGAGAUUCGUGGAUGCAUAAAUGUGUGUUAUACAGUGGAUAUAAAGAAGUCAGUGAUAGGAGUCAUUAUAAGAGGGUAGGCUGUUUUAUAACACAUGCUUACUUGUGUGAUGCUCUCUUUCAUUUUCUUUUUUCUGCAGUGCUUACAGUCCUUAGCUGACCUGCGUGGCUCCCCACACUUUCCUCACACCGUGCUGCUCGACCAGACUCUAGGGGCUGCAGUGACCACUAUGGGCCCCGAGGUGGUUCUACAGGCUGUGCCCCUAGAUAUUGAUGGCACAGAGUGAGUAUAAUCUCUGCCUUUCUGGGUUUCUGAUGUUUCUAUACCUUCCCAUAAGACAAGCCCAGCUGGAUCAAGCCAUCUAGUUUAACAUCCUAUUCUAACUGUGGCCAUAGGCAGAUUCAAAUCGGAUUUCGCUACCACCUGAAUAGGAUAGAAAUGUGACUGUCUGAAUGGACAUCUGCACCAGGGUUCAUAUGAAAAGAAUAGUUGGGAUCCCAUACUCUUCCAUUAAUUAGGAAUACUGUUGCAUGUUGCAAACUCUUGUUUAGAAUGGGUUAGCAAAAUCGCAUUUGAAUCUGCCUUUGCCAUUUAGUUGGAUGCUCCAAGACCAGAAAUUCUUGGACAGGAUUGUAGGCUGUUUGCUACUUGGGGCUUUCACACCUCCACUAUCUUACGGCAUUGUUGUAGCUGAAAGUACUCCCAAAGGAACAUCGGCACCAAAAUCCAACAUACCCAGGUACAUUGCUUCCCCAAUCCUCUUAAUUUUGUCAUUUGUUCUCUCUUCUGCUUCCUCCACAAGGGAGACACUGGAUUUCCCCCGUAGCUGGCUCCUUCCUGUACUCCGAGACAGUAUCCGAGAUGCACCCCUUGCCUUCUUCUCCAGUUACUUCCUGCCACUGGCUGCCACUCUAAAACACAGAGGUAACUGACAGUGUAGAUGGGCAAGACCAGCAGACCUGAGUGUUGGACCUUAGAAGAGCACGACAACAGCUCCAUCUCUAGUGUUUAAGAUUGCAGUAGAGCUGUGGUACAUUCCGCCUGGAGAAUCCAUCAGAAAAUCUACCAUACCAGACAUCCCAAAACAAAAUCCAGCUUCUAAUGAGAUUUCCCCUACCCUUCAGCAAGUACCAGAUUUGGGGUAUUUGGGAAUACAGAAUGAAAAAAAAUACAAAUAUUAAAGCCCCAAAUUUGAAGUCUCCAUCUUGGGAUUUAGUUAUAGUCUAUUGUUGCAUACCAGUACUGUUUGCAUUCAGCAAGCAGAAAUUCAUCCUUUGUGUCUGCACCAAUUGUGGCUUUGGAUACGUGUUAGAUCUGCACAAAUAUAUGGGUCAUCUAUUGUAUGGAGUGCAUCAAGACAGCAGUUGCCUGUAAAUUUCAUGAGAUUUUAUAUAAUGUGCAAACUCCAGGUGUCCUACAGGCAGAGUGCAUUGAUUUUCCCCUUAGGUUAACUUCUUCAUAUAUACUAAGCUACAGUCACAGACCUCUCUCUUCCCUUUCUCCAGCCACAGAGCUUGACGAGGCUAAACGGAACUUAGAAGCCAAGAUCUAUGAUACACUGCAGUGGCAGGUGAGGCAGCACCCCAACAGUUUUGCUUUGCGUGUUUUCUGCAUCUAGGUCUGGCACCCUGUGCUUAAAAGGUUUGAAGAGUAACUGUGGUUUGUAACAAUGCUCCUUUCUCUGUCUUUCAGAUCUGGACCCUUCUGCCUGGUUUCUGCAGCCAGCCUACCGAUGUGGUAUCCUCCUUCAAAGGACUGGCACGUACUUUGGGCAUGGCCAUCAGCGAUCGCCCUGAUCUGCGGCUCGUUGUGUGCCAAGCUUUGCGCAGGCUAAUUAACAAAGGCUGUCAAACAGGUAAGAUCUGUCCGUGGAAGUGACCCUUGCUCAGUUUACUGUAGCUAAGUCACUGUGGCUGGAGCUGUUUCUGUGCUAGUUCUGCUUCUUGCUGAGGAUGCAAGAGGGGAGAAAGAAGGGUAGAGUGCCUGGCAGGAGUCUUCUGCCGAUUCCAACAUUUUGAAGCAUGCUUUACCAGCAGCAUCUUUCUUUCUUUCUUUCUUUCUUUCUUUCUUUCUUUCUUUCUUUCUUUCUUUCUCUCCAUUCUCUAUAUUUGCUUCUCUUUGCAGAGGCCGAGCGUGCUGAAGUUGGGCGUUUUGCAAAGAACUUCCUGCCCAUUCUAUUCAAUGCCUAUAGCCAGGAGGGUGGUGCCAGCGAAAGCCCUGUACAGCGGCGUUCUGUGUUGGACACUAUAAGGGCCUACCUGACUGUGACGGAGCCAGGGGUGAGCAAAGCUCUGUGAACAAGACCAGACUUCUGAGAUCAUCACCACUUGCUUUGUCAUUCCACCUUUCCUCUAGAAAGUGGGAAGCCAGCAGGGUUACUAGUUUCCAAAUUCUCAAGACUUGGUUUUCAGGGCUUAUUUUAAACUUUUUUUAAUAUUGUGUUUUAAUUGUUGUAACCUGCCCUGGGACCUUGGAAUGAAGGGUGAGUAAUAGAUUGUAAUAGCAAUAUCAAUCACCUCAUGUGGGCCAGCUCUAUAAGUGAACAACAUUGCUAGGAAUAAUAAUAAUAAUAAUAAUAAUAAUAAUAAAUAAUAAUCAUUUGUAUGCCGCCCAUCUGACUGGGGUGCCCCAGCCACUCUGGACAGCUUCCAACAAAUUAUAAAACCACAGUAAAACAUCAAUCCUUAAAAACUUCCCUAUACUGGGCUGCUUUCAAAUGUCUUCUAAACGUCAAAUAGUUGUUUAUUUCCUUGAUAUCUGAUGAGAGGGUAUUCUACAGGGCUGGCACCACUACCAAGAAGGCCCUCUGCUGGUUCCCUGCAACUUCACUUCUUGCAGGGAGGGAACUGCCAGAAGGCCCUCGAAGCUGGACCUCAGACAAGGGCCAUUCUCCUUAUUUUAGCCUCUUAAUAUAAUUAAUAUAUUUUUGUAGUGAUAAAACAGGAUGGAUCAAUGGGCAACAGUCUAUACACAUAAGAUACAUUUUCUUUUUCUGUUGUAAGUCCCACAUAUUAAUAUAAAAGCAGAUGGGUGGAUGUGCAGAACACUGACUAUCAGCUCAAAAUGAAAAGCCCUUUGCUAGAAAGGCUUCUCAUCUGCCGCUUUGGAAUGUUCACUCUUCAAGGUCAUAGCAGAGAACUGAAAGACUGCAGUGUUUGCUAGUAUGGCUUCCAAAAGCACAAAUCAAAAUAUUGUUUAACCCUGAAGUGUUCACGCAGGAGGUUUUAUAGUUGAGUUCUCUUAGGCCUUGUCAGAUCCAAUAUGGUUGCACUUCUUCUUGCUUCAGACCAACUGGAUACAAGCUGGUCACAUCUCUAAGGUCUGCCAGUGCUAGGCGAGAGAGAGGGGCAGGUGUCUGUAGCUGGGUGGAUCUCAAACAUGGGGGGGGGAGGCCUUUCCCCAUUAGGGCUAGGAGAAUGGGGCUAUGACUGCUGACACCUACAAAAACUGAGGCUGCUCAGUUCAGUGGUUUUUGUUGGGGCAGGGUGCUACUGUUAUUGAUACUGAUUUUUUUGUAUCCUUUUAAAGAUUUUAUAAUAGCAUUUAUGUGGAAAUUGUUCAAUUUGUGUACUUUUUGAUGUUUUAUUUAUUGUUUAUGACUGCGUUUGGUUAUGUUUGUAAUUAUGUGUUUUCCCAUGCUGUGAGCUGCCUUGCGCAUGUUUUGAACUAUGGAAAGACAGCAUACAAAUAUAACAAUGUAUGUGUGGUGCAAAAGGAAAGCUCUGGGGAUGACACUCUCUUUAUCUCUAUUGCAGAUGGUGCAUGCUUUCCUAGAGAAAGCUAGUGAAAAACUGACCAGCUCUGAUAGUUCAGAGUUCACUAGGUAAGGACACCUCAGAGUUUGGAUCCAUCUUUUUCCAUACAGUGGAGAAGAGUAUCCUCAGAUGGGUUACCCACUUUUCUGUUACAUAAAGCUAAAGGGACCCCUGACCAUUAGGUCCAGUCGUGAGCGAUUCUGGGGUUGUGGCACUCAUCUCGCUUUAUUGGUCCAGCUUCCGGGUCAUGUGGCCAGCAUGACUAAGCCGCUUCUGGUGAACCAGAGCAGCGUACGGAAACGCCGUUUACCUUCCCGCCGGAGCAGUACCUAUUUAUCUACUUGCACUUUGACGUGCUUUCGAACUGCUAGGUUGGCAGGAGCAGGGACCGAGCAAUGGGAGCUCACCCUGUCACGGGGAUUCGCACUGCCGACCUUCUGAUCAGCAAGUCCUAGGCUCAGUGGUUUAACCCUAUGUUCAUAGGCCUAUGUAAAUCAGUAUUGUUUUCAUCUUUCUGUGGAGUUAGCCCCUCUCUGCCCCACUCCUGUUAAGCUCCAGAGCACCUCAUUGGAGGCCGGAUUUUUUCCUCUGUUCCUCCCAGGUGCUCCCCUCUCCCUGCAAGUCAGAAAAGGCAGAGAGAGUGGGAUGCACCUGGCCCUAGUAAUUGUGGAAUCUGGUAGGUUUGCAUUAAUAAGUAGUUGGCUUUGUACUAUUCCCAGGGAGAAGCAGAGUCCUAAAGAUUAGCUUUUGUGUUCACGCUUGCUAACUGUGCCUUCCCUGUUGCAGGCUUUCUGUGUUGGACCUUGUUGUAGCCAUGGCCCCUUAUGCAGAUGAGCCAUCUCUGCAUGAUCUCUAUAGCACCAUCCAAUCCUCCUUACAGGUGAGCUGCCUUUCAGUUGGCUGUUGGAGUGUAUGCUGUGAAACAUUGCAAGCUCCAGGCCUGCUAGCUUUGACCACCAUGAUCCCUGCUCUUCCUGAGAGUGCCAUAUUGACAUCCUUAAAAUCAGUUUAGCUAUUAUAUUUAGGGAGACAGUGUCUUAAUCUGUUCAGAAGGAGGCUGCAGAGUUGUUUGACCUUAUCCAUAUUACUUGGCUUCUGCUCCCAAAGUUGUGUGGAAUCAGUAGGGCAUGUUUGUCUAUGAUCCAUUGCUAUCCUGGUCAGGCAUAAUCAGAUAAUAACCUAGCUGUCUGCUUUGGGCAACCCAAUGGUCCUUGUUUCAUGUUGAGUGCCUAUCCUUGCAUCUUCUUGGCCACAGGGGUAACCUCCUAGGUGUUUUCCCAGCUGUGUGGGAGCUGCUUAUCCUUGAACAUUUUCUGUGUAGCAAGGAGAAUGUUCAGAUGAUCCAACUGAUGCUGAUUCUGUGCAAAAUACUCAUGUAAUUGACCCUCACAUUCCAUACGCUUGUGACAUUUAAACAGUCUCUCAACCACAUGGAAACCACUGACAGAUAUUCAGCUCCUAUGCAACUAAAAUAUCUAAAAGGGACUAGAUGGUCCUCAGGUCCCUUCUAACUUUGUAAUUCUAUGAUUCUAUAGAUGUGGCCUCUACCUGGUUUCUGGAAUACUCUUCCCCCAACUUCCAUAUUGUGCAGGCUGAGAGCCUCUGUUCUUGUGUGCAUGCAGUUUGUUUUUGCUAACUAAUUUGUCUGGUAUAAUCAUCCUAGAACAAAGACCACAGGAUACAGAAGAAGGCUUAUCGGGUGCUGGAGGAAAUAUGUGCCUCUGACAGGCCUGCCUGUCAAAACUUUGUUAGAAGUCAUCUGGAGGAGCUACAGAGUGCCCUGCUAGGCUCUUUGCCCAGUGCCACUUCACCUGCCAAGAGGGUAAGGAAGGUGUCUGGGGAGAAGACACUUGUUGCUUUCCCCCCUGUGGUGGGUAGGGUGCUGAAGCACGGGUGGUGAUAGAAAUAAGAGAUUGCUGUCCCUGCCUGCCUCUAACUCCACACUCCCACUCUUUGUUCCCAGCCCCGUUUGAAGUGCCUCUUCCAUGUUGUCAAGCAGCUCGCAGUGGAGCAUGAGGACUUCGUUACUGCCCUGGUGCCAGAGGUGAGCAGAAAAGGGAGUGGCAGGCAGGGUGCUGAAGGAAUGGGGAAAGUAGGUGGGCAUUUGUGUCCGCAGAAGAUGGGGAGAAAUAGUACUUCUGGGGCUAGAGGUGGGAGCAUGCAUGGAACUAAAUCUUCAUCUCCAAACAGAGCCAUGUUAUGGUACAAAUUCUGCUAUAUUCUGAAUCCCCACAUCUUUCUGGCCCAUAAAUGAAAUUUUCUCCUCUCCUGCAUGCUGCAAACAAACUCAAGCCCUUUGGCAAGUGUAGCUAUGCAGCAUGGAAAUCCUCUCUCAUUCCUUGCUUGCCUUGUUUCUUUUUCAUUACAAACAUCUUGUUCUCAUGCUGUGAAUAAGCUGUUGUAAUUCAGAAUUAGGAAUUUUGCUUCUCCUACUUUGCGAUGAGGGAAUAAAUAUAUUCUCCCAUCAGUGGAAGAUGAUACCCUGUAGUUGGUUGCUGCUCCCACUUACUUGGACAGGCAGGGCUUAAGCAGUUUUGCCUUAGUCCUUGAAAGUUAGAAGUUACUGCCAGUUUCUGACUUGCCUGCUCUGCAGUGCUCCAUCUUCAGGUUUACCUGAUUUGCUCUCUUUUCUAAAAGCAACGAACUAGAAAUGUUUUCUCCCUCCUUGAAUCUGGAUUAGAUAGCGACUGCCUUUGUGAAAUCCUCAGAACAAGAAGUUCCCUACUGCUGAAAGUGUUUUGUCUGUUGUCACACGUUUAAAAAAAAUAGGUCAACUUGAUGGCUGUAGUUUUUGUGCUUGGGAAAGUCAUAGAUUGGCUGGAGCUCUGGUAAUACAUUUUAGACCAAUGGCUUAUAUUUCAGUUCUCUCUGAAAGCUGAUGCUGAUAAUACAGUGAUGUUGAAAACUGGGAGGCAGAGGUGGUAUGGGGUGAUGACAGGUACCUUUGUAUUUAGGUCAUACUCUGCACCAAGGAGGUGUCGGUGGGUGCCCGCAAGAACGCUUACAACUUACUUGUAGAGAUCGGUCAUGCUUUCCUGCGCUUUGGCCCCACACCAAAAGGUGAGUCCUGGUUUGCCUACAUUGGGCUGUUACCAAAAAGAGAUGGACUUUUUUGUCCUGUCAAAAGCUGUGCUGGCUCCUAUGUACACCCCUUCUAUUUUUGACUACCUUACAUUGCUUUCCAUCUCUGCUUCAUUUAUUCCAGUGAUUUUAGUCAACUCUCCUCUUAUCACUGGUCCAUAUAACCUCUUCUGAGUUUUUCCAAAUUAGCCAAAUUUUGCAUUUAAUUGCUGAAUUGGGACCUGGAUGAACUUUGUUCAAACUGAAAAUCUGUACAUAUUGAUUUUUUUGUGUAAUUCUGUUUAGCAAAGGGCAAUCUAUGCAGGGUACUGAAGUCUAACCACUUGACUACUAGAAAUCCUCCUUAAUCUCCUGUUUCAGAGAUCUCAUCAGACAGUGCCUACACAUUUUUCAGAUUAUCCUUGAAUCAUAAGUACUAGAAUUUUAAAUUUGGCAUCUGAUAUUAAAUUCCACAGUAAUUAAAGAAAUGCAGGAUUCACUUAGCCUAGCCUGAGGCUUUGAAUAUCCCAGUCUUCCACCCUUGCGCUGUAUAAAGCAGAACAUAUUUAACAUUUCAGAUUGGUUCCUGCUUUCAGAAGAAGGGUUUUCAGUAGUCAGAACAUGGGGACUUUUCUGCCCUUCCUAAUUCAGUGUCUUAUAACUGUUGCCUGUUCCCUUCCCAAUAUUGCCUAUCUACUAUUGAUAUCUGUACUCUUGUCUUUUUGGUCUCUGAUAUUCCAGCUUACUCAGAGACCUGGAUGUUAGCAUUGUCUCCAUAGUGCCUGGGUUCCUCUUUUGAAAACCUUUCAUUCACACUGGGUUUUCUGCAUCAUUGUAGCCAUUUUCUGGGGGAGCCUCUUCAGCCCCAAUGCCACCUGUGUGGUAUAGUUGGUAUCUUACUUUUAGCAGUUUCAGUGCAAUAACCCCCAGCAUUUAUUCCCUCUAGAUGGAAUGCAGCGUUAUCUCCUCCUGGUUUAUGCGGGCUUGACCGGUUCAGUCACCAUGAUCAGUUGCACGGUGCUCGCUCUUGCCCGUUUGCUCUUUGAGUUCAAAGGUGAGAGAUCUGAAUGCCAAAAACUUGCUGGAUAAUGCUUAUAGCCUCAGUAGUUUAGUACAGAAUUCUUCUGCAAUUGGCAGGCACCAAACAGAGUUUGGAGACGGCUAUUUGAACUGAGCUUAUUGCAUGGAUGGACAUGCUAAUGGAUAUGUCCAAGGGUAACAUGAAUGGUUGUAUUCACUAUCCUGAGCAGAGAGCUCUGUGCCCUUGGGGUUCCAAGCACCACACCAGUUGUAAGCACUGUGAGGCCUGUGCUGGGUUGCUGCUGAGCAGAAAACUUGCUGAAAGUAACCUGAGCCCUGUGUUGUCUGGCUCUCAGUAGAAUCUGAAGAAUUGAAGUAUGUCUAAGAUUAGCUUUACUCUACUGCAGAACACGUUGGGUCAGAUGCCCUGGAGCAGCUCAUGCAGCAUGUCUGCCUCAUGGUAGGCUCACGGACGCGGGAUGUCGUCAAGUCAGCUUUGGGCUUCCUCAAGGUCGCACUCUUGCUCCUGGACACGGCACUGUUGAGUCGGCACUUGGAGACCAUGGUGAGAAGAGGGAAUACACUAGGGCAGCCUGUAGGAAGGAAGGUUCUGGGAAUAAGAGUAGCUUAGUUUGCGUAACUUAAAGGGAGUGACGCAGAAAGGUGCCUGAAUUGUUGGAACCUAUUUCUGCCCGUUGUCUUGUCUAGUUCCUGACUCAAGAGUUCAUGGGUAUAUAUUGGAAUUAAUGAUCCACUCUUUCCCCAGCUUUGCUGAGGUGUUGUCCCACUUAUCGUGCUGUUGGGAAGCAGUAGAAGCCCGGGGAGAGGGGCAGGUUUGCACACAUGCAUGAGAGAGAGAACCAAGGGAAUUUAUUUCAUGCAAGGUGUGGUUGGGGGGGCAUCAAAAUUCUAAAGCUUGUGCUCUGCUUACAGUUAGAAGCCAUAGGAGGAUUGACAGACGACAUGAGACGCCAUUUCCGCAUGAAGCUACGAAACCUCCUCUCCAAAAUGAUCCGCAAAUUUGGGUAAGUUCUGGGAUUAGAGGGAGGACCGGGGAGAUCCUGUGUUGUGAUGCUCAGGAAGGAAAAGUUCUAAGAUCUAUAUCACAUUGCUCAAACACUGCUCAUUCCAAAGCACUUGCUUCCUAGAUGUGCUUGUCUUGAACUGUGCCAUCUUGGAUACAGCUUCAUGCACACAAAACCUUGAGAGUGAUGACCAAGCACUUGAUAGUAGUCCAGAUGUUGCUGGACUCCAACUGACAUUAGCUCUAACCAAUAUGGCCAAAGGUCUGGGAUUAACUGGAAUUUUAGUUCCAACAGUUGGAAGGCCACAGGUUAAGCACUGGUCUAAUGUCUGUCUGACUUCUAUGACUGGUAGUGGGGGAUACGUGAGAGACUGAUUUCUGUGACACUGGUCUUCCAUCUUUACUUCCCAGGUUUGAGCCGUUGCAGGCUUUGCUUCCUGAGUCAUAUCGCAAGGUGCUGUUGAAUAUCCGCAAGGCUGAGGCAAGGAACCGCAAGCGGCAAGCUGUGAAACGGGCAGCAGCCACUUCUGUAGAAGAAGGAGGACCAUCACAGCGUCCCAUGGGGGAGAGGUAUUGAUGUAGUGCUGGUCUUUUGUCUUCAUGUCAUGCCAUUGUUGAACCUAAAAGCUACAGUUUUUUAAGGCUAGAGCAGGAGGGAUGUCUGCCAUGGCAAGUGCGUUAGAAGGUGAAGUCUUCUUUAUGUUCCUCUGCACCCUCAGUAAAUACUACUUGCAUUGCCUCUUGCCUUCUUGUUUACAGUAUGGAGGAGGUCCUGGCAGACUCGGACUCUGAUCUUGAAGAUGACAUCAAGCAGCACAAAGGAAAAGAAACCAGGAAAGUGCUACGGCAACAAAGCCAGGCCUGGCUUAAGGAGGGAGAAGGCGAUGAGCCCCUCAACUUCUUGGACCCUAAUGUGGCCCAAAGGGUUCUGGGUAAGGAGCAGUUUGACAGUGGCACAAUCUGCCUUUUCAGUUUGGGGAAAGUGGGAGAUCAUUUAUGCUGAGAUAAAGGAGUUGUCCUAUCUCCUUGUAAGUCUUUUGUGAUCUUCUUUUAUGCAGCUACCAAACCAGGCACGGGCCAGGCUGCUAAAAUCAGCCAUGACUUCAAGGUAUCAGCUGAUGGCCGUCUCAUUAUAUGUGAAGAGGAGGAGGAAGAAGAAGAAGGGGCUAAAGGUACUGGUGGAUAGUCUAAUGUAUUCAGCUGAAAACUGGCCAUCAGUGGUCUACAAACUAUGACUGGGCUUGGUAUCCAAGCAGUAGUUUAUGUUAACCAGCUGUGAAGUCCAGUUCCACUAUGAUAGUAUCAAUAUUGUAUACGUUUAUGAUCCCGAUACUGUUUGAUGGAAUUGUUUGAAGUUGGAUAACUUGGGCUUUAUGUAGGCUGGUAAACAUGUGAUUUAUUUGUUUUACUUUCAACAUGUGAUUCACUCCAGGGCUUUUGACACUUUUAGCCCUUUCAAAUUAAGACUGUUCACUGUCUUCACGUAAAAGUAUAAUGUGCUUAAAUAUGUAUUUACUUCAAACUAUUUUUAUACUGCCCUUCCAUUAAAAUAAUUAAAUAAUUAUAAUGUAAUAAUAUAAUAAUUUACUGGAAACAUAAAGCAGUCCAAUAAAACAUACAAUACAAUGUAGGUGCCACCACAGAGAAAGCACUCUUCCAUGUAAUCACAAAUGGAGUUAGUGCCAUAGGAUGCAACGCAAAUCAGCAGCGCCUCCUCCAAAUAUCUUAGGGAACAUCUAAAAUAUGUUGCUCAGGGCUUACCAGCUGUUAAAUGUUAACCCAACUUACAUUGUUUCCUGGUAAUAAAAAACAGCAACCAAAAUGUGUGUGGAUUAUUACAAAAAUGAAGCACUAGCAGUUUUUCAAAGAGUGUUCUGGUGUGCUUGUGGCAUGAUUGCAGUCCUGUCCAUACUCUUCUGGGAGUAAGCUCCUUUGAACACUUUGGUGUUUGCUUCUGAUUAAAGUUUUAUCAUUUCAAUGUGUAAAAACAUAUUGAACAGCUGAAAUGCAUACUUUUAACUAUAAAUGCAAAAGAUUUUACAAAGAUGUUUUAUGUAUUGUUCUCAAGCUGAAUUUUGUUCUCUGUUACAGGAGUGGAUGAAGAGAUGGCAGAUCUUAUGCAGGAAGUCGGGAUCCGAAGUGUAAGUACUGAGACAUGGGCAGGAGGGGGGAAAUAGGAAUUUCAAGCAUUUUCUUUAAAGGCCCACGCAGUUGCCAAGGUGAAUUGCUUGCUGAAAUCAAAGGGGAACUGAGCUUGACUGUCAAAUACAGUUCUUAUUUACCAAGCAGAUAAUGCAGGAAAGGGAGAAGGCCUUGGACCCUAGUGAGAAGCCUAAUUCAUGUAGCAAGUGCUGAUGCUUGGAAACUCUGUUGCAGAAAAAGGCUCAAAAGCGCAGAUUCCGGGAAGAAGCAGAUGAUGAGGAACUGGGCACUGAUGCAAAACCACAGUAUAAGGGUAAGUGCUUUUUUCUGGGCUGGUGGUGUAGGCUUAGCUGCCUUAUCACAUUGGAUACAUAUCCCUGUAAUAGGGAAGGGAAAGAGAAUGAGAUGCUACUGCUUAAGGUUAUUUAUAUACCACCAUCUCAGAAAAUUUCAGGAUGGUAUACAAUGAAAUGUUUACAUAAAACACCAUUAGAGUACGAAAUAAUCAUUUCAAUCAGCUGUAUAGGCCUGCUGGCAUAUGAAGAAGAAGAAGAAGAGUUUGGAUUUCAUAUCCCGCCUUUCACUCCCUUUAAGGAGUCUCAAAGCGGCUAACAUUCUCCUUUCCCUUCUUCCCCCACAACAAACACUCCGUGAGGUGAGUGGGGCUGAGAGACUUCAAAGAAGUGUGACUGGCCCAAGGUCACCCAGCAGCUGCAUGUGGAGGAGCGGAGACCCGAACCCGGUUCCCCAGAUUACGAGACUACCGCUCUUAACCACUACACCACACAUAUGAGAGAUGCCUGAAAGUCAAAAGCAAGGAUACCUGCCAAAUCUCUGCUGGAAGAGUGUUCCACACCAUGGCCAACUUCUGCUCAAGUCCAGUUGGACCUCUGAAACAGGGGAUAAUGUGUUGUGAUUAUCCUACAAAACCACUCAGUGCUGUGCCUUGCUCUCAGUUAAACCUUAACACAGAUAGCCCAUCUGCAGUAUGCUUUCUCGUGCUGCUGAAGCACAAUAAUGUGGUGGGGGAAGUGUUUGCACUUCAAGCCUGUGACGGUCCAGUGGUGGACUGGGCAGAAACAUUUUUGUACAGCUGAGAAGCCUAGAAACUAUUCCAUUAUUGUUUGUUCUUCACAGCUGGAGGUGUUGGAAUCCAUCGGCCUAUUGGCAAGAAUGCAGCACCUAGGCAAGCAUACAAGGCAAAGGUAAGAUUGUGAUGUGAUUAGUUAGGACCUGGCAUUGUCAUAACUCCCAGAAGUUGAUUAUUUAUAUAGAGCCACUUUCCCCCACAUCAUAGGAAGCCUUGUUUAUUGGACUUACCAAGCAACUCAAGUACAGAUUCAUAGUAUCUAUUAACUCUCACCCUAAACACAGGGCUGCAGGCUGGCUCCCUUUUAAAGACGAAUCUCUGUAUCUCUAAGCUAGAUCCUGUUUUGAAUAAUUGAUCUGAAUGUGAGGCAUUGAUAGACGUUGUGAAAGCUGAUUUGAAUGCCCAUUUUGGUGGAAGUCUACAUUUUUCCAUGUCUUGCUUCCAGUCACUAAGCACUGAUUCCCUUCUGUUUCUACAGAAAGGCAAAGGUGAUAUCAAGAAGGGCCGCCUGGAUCCUUAUGCUUACAUCCCACUGAACAGAGCCAAACUUAACAGAAGGUAUGAUAUGGGGAUGCUGUGGGGAGAGCAUAGGAGAGCAUUGUUAGUUCUGCUUGGACACAUUGAAAUUAAUGGCCUUGACUAACUUAGGCCCUUAAUUUCAAUAGGUCUACUAAGAGUAGAACUUAACUCGAUGCAACUCAGUGUCACUGUUCAGGAUUUCUCUCUAUCUGUAAAAUGCUGCCAUGGAGUUGUGUGUGCUUGAAACCAGCUAUGUUCUCUUAUCUCAAGCACUCUGCUGGAUAUUCCUCAGAUUUGAAGCUUCCUUUUUCACUGGUAUCCCAGGCCUGCUUUUGCUGCAGAAGCAGGGCACCUAAAGCCUCCAUGGGAGAACUACACAUGUACCUGCUGUGCUUGUGGCAGUACUCAUUCUAAUCUCUCCUCUCUCUUUCUGGCAGGAAAAACGCAAAACUUCAGGGACAGUAUAAGGGCCUGAUGAAGGGGGCCCAACGUGGUGCCCAAGCAGGCAAGAGGCAUCGUAAGAAGCAGCCCCAAGUCUGAAGAAGACAGAUCCCCUCCUCUAGGGUGCAGUUCCUGUCAAGGCAACCUGACUCUGGAUCUGGUUGCUGCCACCUCACAACCUGAGCUGCUCUUUGGAAGUGGAAUGAGAUCACUAAUUCCACACAGUUGCAGUGUAUACUUUUCUCAGCCAAAAAACGGUGAAGAUGUGUAUUGUAGCCCAGGCUCCCUUCUACUAUUUAUGGAGCUACGCAGUAGGGCUCUUCUCACCAGAUGCUACUGCCAUGGUUGUUGUUUUUUGCACAACUAUGUGUGCUUCAUCUAGCCUUGAACUUUGUGCAAGAGAGAGAAGUGUAAUGAACUUCUGAGCAAUAAAUGUAACCAAUGGAAGUUGGUUGUGUAAAAGCUGCUGUCCACAUCUGUCUACUUUUUCUGGCUUGAAAAGUGCCAGAACUAGCAACAUAGUUGUGCUGUUGGGAACUAUGCUAAACUUUCUAGGAAGUUUAACAUUUCUCUGCAUUUCAGGAUUUAUUCUAUGAGGAAAGUGACUGGUUGGUACUUGUGAAAAUUAGAAAAUAGUAGUAUUAUAGUCAGAGGCAGAAAGCUAUGAGAAAUUCUGAACCAAAUUCCAUGUGCCCAUUUUAUAUGUUCUCUUGCUACAUACAUCCCAGUCAAGGAGUACCAGUCACAACACAUGCACAGGGACAGAGCCAGUGAAUCCACAAAUGAGGAGAAUGUCCACGCCACACACAUGCAAAAUCAUGCCAUAGUUCCUGCAAUCAGUCCCAGUUGCUCAGGCAGCAACAACACACACCCCUUCACACAGUGAGUUUGAACCCCCCCCCCCCCCCGCUGCUCACAAGUCUUAUUAAUCAACAAAGCACAGAGCAUCCUUAACUUCCUUCAUUGAUUAGGUAAAGGUAAGGUAAAGGACCCCUGGACAGUUGAGUCCAGUCGAAUUAGACGCUCAUCUCUUUUGGGACAAGAGAGCCAGCGUUUGUCCGCAGACAGUUUUUCCGGGUCAUGUGGCCACAUCGGUACCUAUUUAUCUACUCGAGCUGGUAUGCUUUCGAACUGCUGGAUUGGCAGCAGCAGGGACAAAGCAACAGGAGCCAUUAUCUCCUUAUCUACAAGCUGUCAAUACAAGCUGGGGGUGGACUGUGAGUACACUCGCAAGGCAGAUGUCAGGGGGGGAAAACCUCAGCAAAAGUUUGCAUGGCAGUUCAUGAGUCACUGACCAGAGCAAUAAUACCCAACCCUUUCUUAUUUCAAAGGUUGACAAGAUCUACAAAAGCCAUAAUGCACCAAACUGUUUUGAUGCAUGUGAGUCAGUGAUGGGGUUGCCAUUUAAUAUCUAGUUUGCAACAGUGACAUUUCAUUUGAGACAAUACAUUUUUCAAAGCAAAGCAGAGCCAGGCAGAUUUGGUGUGAAGGCUGAGGAGAGAAUCCCUCCUUUUGUAGAUGCUUGUAAUGGAUGCUUUAAUUGAGAUCUCUGUAUUGCAGGGGGUUGAACUAGAUGAUUUUCUGGGUCCCUUCCAACUCUAUAAUUCUAUGAUUUUAUGAAGACUUAAUCCUAAAAGCUAUACAGUGGUACCUCGGGUUACAGAUGCUUCAGGUUACAGAUACUUCAGGUUACAGACUCCACUAACCCAGAAAUAGUAUUUCGGGUUAAGAACUUUGCUUCAGGAUGAGAACAGAAAUCGCACCACGGCGGUCCCAUUAGCUAAAGUGGUACCUCAGGUUAAGAAGAGUUUCAGGUUAAGAACGGACCUCCAGAACAAAUUAAGUUCUUAACCCGAGGUACCACUGUACUAUAAAUAUAAAACUACUAACACUGGCAUUACAGAAACAAGCAUAUCAGUUUACACUAUUUUAAUUCUAAUAUUUUGGUAAAAGAUGAGCCUUCAGUAGGCCUUGACUAGCAGCACAUAGUAUAUUUUUUGCCAUUUAACAGUUACAUCUUAUGCAAAUGCAUUCAACAAACACAAAUUUUCCCUUCCCCAGGCAUUUGAAAUCAAAUUAAUUUGUGCUAUUUUGUUAUUUUUUCAAAUACACUGCUAGCUGAUGUGCAGUUGUAAAUACCUUGGGGGCGGGGAACCUCUCUCCCUUUUUAUAGUGCAAGUAGCAAUAGGUUUGCACUGCACGGUGUUUUAAAAUAUGUUCAACUUUUGGGGGAAAGACCGUAACUCUAGUAGAAUACACAUUUGUUGAACUGGUCCCUGUAGCUGUGCUUUUUCAGCUGAUUUCUGUGUCUCGACUUUCUAGGGAAGGCGCAAGAGCAGUCCUGGCCUGCUUAUUUUAAUGGUUAGUUGGCAACCUUAUUAGGACACCUACCAACUUGGAAGGGCAGAGAGCUCACACAAGUGGACCUUUUGCCACACCAGCUCUGCAUCUCUGCGACAACUACUACCUAUAUCGUUAAGGGCGCAGGAAAUAUACGAGGGACAUGGGGAGAGCUGUCGCUUCUAAGGGCUGAAAACGCUUCCUUUCGCCUACCGGGUCACAGCAUAACACCGUAGCUGUCAAGAAGGCGUUGGAAAUGUCGCCGAGAAGACUACAAGCCCCAGAAAGCUUAAAGCCCCAUUCUGGGUUUGCUCUCCCGCCCGCCCACUUGUCUUUGUGGGUUAUUUCUCCUCCUCCCCUCUCCUCGGUUUUCAACGGCGCUUCCAGGCCUGAUGGUCGUUAGGCGUUUGCCGUGUUCGAACAGGCCAAUGGCUGCGCGGCCACGAGGCGGCGGCGGGUGGGACUAUUUUGCAAACGACCAAUCGGCUUUUGCAGUUGAAGCGACCAAUCGGAAGGCAAGGCGGCAGAUAUGAGAUGGCGGCGGAGUCGGCUCUGAGGGGGAGAGGAGGAGAGAAACGAGCGGGCAGGUAGGUCGGCUGGUCUGUCGGCCGGGCGGGCCGAGGUAGCGUGGCGAGAAAUCUUUGAGAAGCUGAAGUGGGUCAGGUGAGGGCGGGUUGAGACAGAAACAAGGCAUAGGGCAUACGAGCCUUUCGCGGUGGUGCCUCAAGCAUUUGUGUGGCCUUGGGACGUGGGGCCUGUGGUCCUGCCUCCAGGGCAAGCUGUUUCAUAGAGCGGAGGUGCAAUGGUCUGAAGCACCCCGUCUGCUCUUGCUCUUUGCCCAGGGGCUGAGGAGAGCGAAGGAGGCAGAUCUCCCUUCUCCCUCUAGACGCGCCUGGGCGAGGAGGAAGACUGGGGUGGAGCAGAGAUGGGAGUGAGUAUGGGGCGACACGACAGAAGAAUCUGAUAACAUUACUCGUGGCAUAAUAGAGGAAGGUUUUCUCCCUCUCUCAUAACACUAGGACGCGUGGGCAUCCAAUAUAGCUGGAUGUUGGAAGAUUUAGGAUAGAUGAAAGACGAGGUCAUAAUUGGUCAAAUUAUGGAACUCACCCUGCCAGGAGGCAGUGAUUGACACUAACCUGGACGGCUCGAAAAGAGGAUUAGACAAAUUCAUGGAGGAGAGAGCUGUCAAUGACUGCCAGCCAAGAUGUGGUUGUGCAAUACCUCCACAGUUGGAGGCAGCAAGGGUUCCCAAUAGCAGUUGCUGGAAACUUCAGCAGGGGAGAGCAGCCUCACGGUCGUUUCCCACUGUGAGAACAGGUUGCUGGACUAGAUCCAGCUGGCUCGUCUUAUGUUCUUAUGAAGGGAAAUCCUAGUGAUUCGGGACUGGGAAAGGUUUUAGGGUGGUUGUUGGGUGGGAUGAAGGAGAGAUACAGAGGAUGUCAAAGUUCCAAUCUAGUUGACAUGUGGUUCUUCUAGAUAUUUGUUUUAUUUAUUGCAUUUAUAUACAGUACCAGUUUUUUCUCCAAGGAGCUCAGGGUGAUGUACAUGGUUCUUCCCCUUCCUCAUUUUAUCCUCACAAGAAGCCUAUAAGUAGGUUAGUGCUGAGAGACAGUGACUGGACCAAUGUCACCCAGUGAUGUUAAUGGCCGAGUGAGGAACUGAACCCUUGGUUUCCUAGGUUCUAGUCUGGCACUAGCCACUAUGCCACACUGUCUUUCCAUGUGCCAGUGUGCCCGCCUAAAGUACAAAGUGUGGUUUUCUGCCCUAAUUUCAAAGGAAUGGUGCUAAUGUGGUGUACUGGUUAGUGUAGGACUAGAAUCUGGGAGACCAGGCUUCAUAUCUCUGCUUGACCCACUGGGUGACUGUGGGCCAGUCAACCUCUCUCAGCACUAACCUACUCAUAGGCUUGUUGUGAGGAUAAAAUGGGGAGAGGAAGAAGUAUGUAGCCAUCUUUAGCUCCUUGCAGAAAUUGUUGGAUGUAAAUAUAUCAAGAAAUAAAUGCAAUGUGUUAACGGGUUAAUAAUACAACUGUUGCUACUUUGCUACAACCGUUGCUAAUACAACCAUUUGCUAUGAAUAGUUGUGCCACUACUAGAAGAAAGGUGGCAAGUUCCUUGUGUAAUAAAAUAAAAUUUCUAUUCUAGAAACAUCCUCCUUGCUUUGUGACCUUUUGAUUUUUUUCCAGAGCUUCAGCAUGUUUAUUCUUCUCAUCCUGUAGGUUAAAUGGCUUCUUUGCUCAAGCUUGAUGGAGUCUGCUGUAGAGUUAAUAGUUUAUUUUCUGCUAUAUUUUUCAGGGAGCACCAGUUUUUUUAGGAGCUGCAGUUGGAGCAAUUGUGUUUGAUCUUACAAUGUAAUCUUCGAAGUCAUCCAUUAGCUUAGGCCUUUGAUACAGACAGCAUGACUGUUUGUAAGAAAUGCCAAAAUGAAUGCUCAGUAUUCAUUUCUCCACAACAGGCAUGUUUUAUUAAGCAGUUGGUUCUUCCAUAGUUUAUUUUCUGACCACCCUUCACUGUUAAAAGGCCUUUCUUUGCAAUCACUUUUAAUGCCUUUAUUCCUUGAAAUAUGGUGCUGCAAGGCUCUGAUACUGACCCUCUGGAAGUUGGAGAUUACAGGAGGAAAGUUUUCUUAACACUUAUUUUAUGACAUAACCUUAAAGGGCUGCAAUCUUUCAGAUGCAUGAAGUGUUGUCCUGAGUUGCAGGUAUAUGUACACAUCAUUGGUGAGGAUUAAAAUCAGAGGAAAAUGAAAUGCAAAAAGUAUGAACAAUAAUAAUUAUUAGCUUUUCAUUCUCCAAACAGUAGUUGAUGAUAGCACAAGCAUCCUAUCACUGAUACAAAUAUACCAUGGUUCAAACCACAGAUUACAUUGUCAAUAUUUUAUAUGUUAAGCAGACACUGUUCUGUGCUUAAUCAAUUCUUAUCAAUAUUUCCCCCCGGGCCAAUUGCUCCUUGCAAUAUCUUUUAUUGUUAAAUUAACUGUUCUACUUAUUAAUAUCCCUCUGUACCUGCCGUGACUGAACAAUCAUCUUCUACUGUGGCCUUACCUCGAAUGCUUGUGGGUGUUCUUCACCUUCUUUAUAUUUAUUUAUAUGUAUUUUAUAGCCUACUCCACCCUGUAAUCCCAUGUUGAAUUACAUACAAUUAACAUGCCUUGCCAUAUAUUGAAGCAUAUCAAAGCAAGCAGCAUCAGUAACAAAACUGCAGUGGAAUGCAUAUUCUUAAUUAAUCCUGUACGCCCAAAGACCUAUGCAAAGAAGUGUGUCUUGACCCACUGACAAUGUAGUUACAAUAAUACAGCCAGAUGCAUCUUAGAGGAAAAGCAUGGCACAAGCUAGGGGCCACAUCAAAGAAGGCCCUCCCACACUCUGUCAUGGCCCAAACCACCUGUAGGAUCUACACUGCCGACCUUAACACCCAGGCGAGUCAGUACAUAUUAGAGGUGCUCUUCAGAUAUUUCAGCUCCAAGUAUUAGGUACUUAAGCACAGGGUCCUAAGCACCAAGUUAAAAGUUCUGGAAGCUGUCAGAGGCUCAGCCUUGUGCAUGACUGAAAAAAUAUAUGCUACUAUAAGAAGCCUAGAUGUUGCUUCAGUUAAAGCGAUCACAUAAUUCCAUUAGUCUGUCUUUCUAAUGAGCCCAGCUCCCCUUUGUUUUGCUAUGGCACUAGAUCAAAGUCCUUGAGGAUUUUAUUCCAUUCACAAAAGUCUUCUCAUUCAUGUCAUUGUCGCUCAUCCUUCCCCCCACCCAACCCCUUCAUGAGCAAAACAUUGCCCUUGCUAAUUUGGUUUUUUUCAACCUUGGUGACAAAAACCAAAUAAUCUUUUCUUCCUUCUCCUGGACACCCGCUAUCUAACUGGACACAAAGAAUAGAGAGGGGGUAAAGCAGCAACACUGAAGGUUAUUGCACUGGUGAUUGCAAUACUUCGGUGAUAAAAGAAGAGAAUCCAAGCUGCAAAGCAAACAAGAUUGCUCCCCCUGCCCACACCAGUAACUGCUCUUUUCUAAUAUUAUGCAAACUGGGGGAGUGGGCUGUACACAUCCUCCUCCUCCUUUAACAUGGCUGCAGUACAGGGCUUUUUCUAUUGUGUAUGACUGGGCUGUCUGAGAAGGGUUCUGAUUGUAUGUGCUGUCUCGCAUUUCCAUUUAAUUAGCGUUAAUAAUAGGCAGGCAUAUUUUUGUGUGGGGGAGUGUUGCUGAUAAAGUGACCUUUCAAAAUUACAAAGACCAGUAAAAUUUAGCACGGAAUAAGGGGGUUUAGGGCUGUUUCCAGCUGUGAGGUCUCUAAUCAUAAAAUUGGGUUGGAUUUUAGUUGUCAGGGCAAGACAAUAAAUGGACUGCAAGCCCAUUUCUUUGUUACGGUAUGCCCCAAAUGCAUGGAGGAUUAAAGAAUUAAAACAAGGGGAAAGCUGUACUCCAAAGAUCCUUCAGGCUGGUUUCAGAUGAGAAAAAGGCAACAAGAAGAGAUGGAAUGUAACCUCUAAUUAUUUAUGGUAUUGUUUUCUUUUGAUUGUUAGGUUUUUGAGAGUACCUAAAAUAAAAUUUAAAAAUAAAUUGGGUGGGGGGAGACAGCAAAUGAUGGAGGCAGGCUGUCCCAUGAUCUUAUACAAUGUACAUCAAAUGUAGUUACACACUGGGGAGUGAAAAAAAUGAAAAGGGGAGAUUUUAAAAAGAUUUCUUUUUAUUAAUUAUUUUGUUCUUUACUUGUAGCCAGCCUUUUGCCAGCCCUUCUAACCAGGGCAGGUUAGAAAAAUAUCACAACUAAAAGAGUACAAUUGUAAUAAAACCUCAAAAAAUCUAACCACAAAAUUCAUCCGUAAUGCAACUGACAAAACAACAGCCCAGGAUAGUAAUUGAAGAGGAGGGAGGAUAUCCACUCAACCAAAGGCCUGCAUAAAGAAAAGUAGGAGUGUAGUAAGUCUAGAUGGAGAUGAUGCAUGAAAGGUUUCUAGUAACUGGGAAUGGUGAUGUCAGUGAAAGAAGUAAAAAUUUGGGGGUUAAGUGCUAAGGUUGCAAGCUUUUGGAAGUCUCCAGCAGUGAGUGACAUCAGAUCCACCAGGUAGGGCACAGUCAUGAGGCACUAAGGCAAAAACAAGAAUUUUAUGCAGAAGAUGUGGAAGGAAAGUCAGUAGAGAUAAGAGUAUAUAUUGUGUGAAUACGCACACACACACACACACACACACAUACACACACACACACACACACACAUGCAUAUACACAUAAUAUACUGGACAUGAAUGAGGGGAAUGUACCAGCAUGAGUCCAAGAGCUAUUUUCAACUGCGAUGUCUAAACUAUUGUGAGGGUUUGCUUAAAGUUGAUGAAUUCUUAAAAGUAAUUGUUUAAAAUCAUUGGCAGAGUCUCAAUGAAUAUGACAAGGACACUUUUCUCUAUUCAGUGUUCAAGUCUGAUGCAGGUGACAUGCCUAGCGUUCCAUCUGUCACUUUCUGUGGGGUAGGAAAAGUGGAGAAGAAGUUGGUUAGCCUGAGUUCUGCUUUGGCUCCAUAUCAAGGUUGAUGCAUUUGUGCCAAGAGGGCUAAUAAAUGAGUCUUUGUGUUGUUUAGUGUGCAUGGAAUUUGCAUAGGCUGUGCUGGAGCAGGCAGAUCUGUUUCUGAAAACAAGGAGCAAGUUCUUCUCGCUGUGUCUCUGCUUUCCAAUGCCUCAUCAGAAGCUUUCUGCACUUGUGUAAGCAAUCUGACUUUCUGUGUUUAUUAAGUAAUAGGGGCUAUCAGAUUUCCUAGAAGUUUAGAUUUGAAACCCCACAAAUAGGUAUUGCAUGAAUGACAGUCAAAUUUAGUUCAGUGGAUUUUCUUUAAUGUUUAGAUCAUGACUGGGACACAGGGGAGGGAAGGGUGAAUAACUGGCAUAGCUAUUCUGUGGAGUGAUCAGUUUUAUUGGGUGAAGACACUAACUACUGCAUUAAGCAAGUAGAGAAAAGUUGGAUCUAAUUAGAUUACAAUGUGUUUUGGACAAAACGUACUUAGUGGUGGAGCUGGCCUGGGCUGACAUGUAUAAGACAGCAGAAUGUGCUGCAAGUGGGAGGUCAAUCGACAAUCAUUCCCAGCUGCUUGAGCUGAACUGCUCCAUCUUGUCCUUGGCUUGUUAAGCACGUCAAACUGCAGGGUAGUCUACCGAGCAGUACUGGAAUCAGACUGCACUUGGCAGCCAACUCACCAAGUGGUUGGAGAAAGCAGUACUUCUCCAUGCUUUGCUGCUUUUGGAGUGAUUUUGCCAACUUAAUUGCUCCAAUUAAGAACCUACUGUCCAGUUACAACUCACCCCUAGGCUGGCACUGCAGCAGGGUAUUACCUACAGGCUUUCAGGUAAUCUUCGUAAAAAUAUCCCACUGCAUCACGGCAUUCAAGUGCAUAAGAGAUAAUUUGGUUAAAUUCAUGUGACAGCCUUUCUUCCUGUGUGUCUUUAAAUGUUUGACUUGCAACAAAUUUUUCAUAAUACUUCACCUCUAAGAAAACAGAUAAUUAUAUUUGUUGAGUCCAACUGAACCCCCUCAUAAAACAGGAAUUUGCUCUCUUUGCAUAGAGAGAAACCUUGCACAGAAUGUCACGUCUCAGAAGAUGAUGCAAUCUCUACCUCAAAUCUGUUCUAGAUUAUUUUCAUACAUGCUUAGUAAUUUGGAAUGUAAGUUAAAUUGUUGGUCUUUUUGUUAAAUAUUUUGAUUAGGAUCUCAAUACCAAACUUUGGCCAGUUGUAAGGUCUUGCCCUCUGUAGGGUCUGAUGUGUAAUAUGACAGGUGAGUGCAUCCCUCAAACAGUUAGAGACCAUGCUGAAGGACUAUCUGCAGGUUGUACUUGAUUGAUUGCUAAAUGAUGUGCUAUCUGGUCAGCCCCACCUGACUUGAUUUAUACAUGUUGUGCUUGUAUCUACAGCAAGGAUAAGAAGCCUCAGGCCCCGGGGACCAAAUGUGGCCCUCCAAGCCUCUCUAUUCAGCUCUCAGGACUCUGCCAAAGCCCGUCACCAGCCCUGCAUCCUUAAGUGCUUUUAUCUGGGUUGAAUCUAUUCUUAAUUAUUGUAACAUCACUUUCUUGCCUUGCUGCAGGGCUUUGUGUGUGUGUUUUAGAAACUUUUACGUGGUGGAUGUACCUUAUUGUAUAAAAACUCACAUACCUGCCUCUGGCUCUACCCUCCACUGGUAUGUGGCUCCCAGGAAGACUGUCCAUGAGGGAAUGCUGUCCUUAGGCUGAAAUAGAUUCCCUACCCCAGAUCUGCAGGUGGCUCCUGCGUAGCUGAGUAUUUUAGUUUGUGUUCAGGUAUGUCUCCCAAAGUAAUGUAUCUUUGUUUCUCUCCCAAGUGAUGCCAUUUGCAGUUUAGUUAUCUGCAAUGACUCCUCCCUUCAGCGGCAUCAGAUCAUCUUCAAUCCAGACUUCUUUGUGGAGAAGCUGCGACAUGAGAAACCUGAGGCAUUCACAGAGCUUGUGGUCAGUAACAUCACCCGGCUGAUUGACCUGCCUGGAGCAGAGCUAGCCCAGCUGAUGGGACAGGAGGACCCUCAGUUGCCUGGCACAUCCUCAGGGUUUUUCCGUUCCCUGAUGUCUCUGAAACGCAAAGGUGAGCCUGAUGUGUUGGCUAAGAUUUUCCCCUUAAUUUUUUGAUGUUAAGCCUUGGUAUCCUGGGUACAGCCUCUGCUAAGUGUCCCACAUAUGUGGCAACAACUCCAGGGAAGUCUGUGAAAACUUUUCUGGUCCAAGUACAGUGCAGACCAGCUCCUUAUUAAAAGAAAAUAAGAAGGGCAGUACAGGCAAUUCUCAUUUUACAUGGGGGUUCAGUUCUGGACCCCUGCAUGUGUUGGCGGGGCGUGCGCAAGCCCAUUCUACUCCCACCCUGUACCACCCCCGUUCUGCCCCUUUCCAGGACAUCUUUAUGAUGCUUCAGGGCUACUUCUGGGUUUGGCGCUGUGUGCAUGAUUAUGCGUCAUUCGGACACUGCUAAAUCGGUCAUUGCCUGUAAGACAAUGACAAUGUUUAUUUAAAUACUUGAUUUACACAAGGGGUGGGAAACCUGUAGCCCUAAGAUACUGCUGGACUCAAAGUCGCAUCAGUCCCAGCCAGCACGGCCAAUGAUGAUCAGGGAUGAUGGGAAUUGUAGUCAUCAAUAUUUGGAAGGCCACAGGUUCUCCACCCAUGGUUUUCUUUAUCAUCCCUUUCAAUUCCAUUCUUAUGGAGGACAAAGCUCUUGUUUCGGCAGCCAUAAUGGUGCCACCCAUGCUAGAAGGUAGUAUAUGCAUCUUAAUUUUUUUUAAAGCAGGUUUUAAAAAAAGUACCGAAACAGAAAGGGAAAAACUGCAUGGGUGUGUGCUCCUAUGGAAGGUUGGAAGAGGAGGUGGAAAGCAGCAGAGAGUGAGGAGGGUGUGGUGUGCAAAGAUGCCUGCCCACAACAUGAGAUCCACUUUUGGGGGUAGUUUACUACAUACAGCUGCAAUAGUAACGGACUGCGCCUCUUGUUUCAUCUGGAAUAGGAGAGCUGGGGAGAGACCUUAGCUUGUUGGGUUGAAAUAACGACAGACGAGUAGCAAGUGUCAUGUGAGAGGCAUCUCUCGAGCCAGCCCCGAGGAGACUCUUUUAUUGAAUAUUACAACAUUGCCACAGGUGCGCUCGUUGCUGAUUGGUUGACACAAACACAAAGCAACUUGUUGCUGAUUGGUUAACACAAGUACAAAGCAAAGGUUACAUAUAGGCAUUAAUCACCAAUAGAUUAAAGGCUGGGAAAGGGAGCACAGAACUAGACAGGCAUGAAACCUCCUAAUUAAAUUAUAACUGGUGAUUGAUAUAGCAAGACUAAAACAAUUACUAAUGAUUGAUCAUAACAUGAAAGAAUAUAAUAAUCGCGUUCUGUAGAUGUGGUCAACUAUGCAUUAAGAACAGGUCAGAGUAUAAUGUUUUCAUGAACUUAAUAUGAACUGAACAUCCUAGGGAGAUGAGGGAAUGUCUUGGUAUUUAGAACGGGUUGUGUAGCAUGUGCAGAAGCAGAGAAAAGCUUAGAAGCAAGACUUCCCAUCAUGCCAUAGUCAUGUGCAGAAGCAGAGCUUCCCUUCAUCUCCCCCUUUCUUUUCUUGUUUGCGAGGUGUUCUGGGUGAAUAAGACAAAAAUACUUCGGGAUACGUGGUAUGCCAGCGCAUGCCCGAAAUAAGUUCGCCAGGGUUGACGGGACAAAAAUACUUCGGGAUACGUGGUAUGCCAGCACAUGCCUGAAAUAAGUCCGUCCACAUCUCCCCUAAUGUUUACUGUUGGUGCUGCCAUUUCGCAAAGUAGGCAGCAAUGAUUUUAUUGGGUGGCUGAGGGGGAGAGAGAAGCCGAGACAAAAGACUUAUGAGUCCAGGAAUGCAUUGGAGGAAGCAACAUAGCAAAAUUAAUAUACAUAUUAUGACAAUGGCAUAUUGAAAGAGAUUACGAAGCCAAGUCAGGUUUGGCAACCAAGCGGUAAGCCACUGGGUGAAAGAAUCCCAGAGGCCAGAAAAUCCAACGUCCUGUUUAAUGUGGUGUGUAAGAUUUUGCAAAUGAGAGAUUUGGCUUUGAAUGGCUUUAGAAUUAUCAGUAAUAUUGAAGCAACACAUGUCAGCCACUUGUUCACAGCCAUAAUGAUGAAGCAUCAAUAAAUAAUCGAUAGCAGCGCGGUUUUGCAGAAGGCCAUGCUGGAGUUCACUCUGUUCUUUAUUCAAAAGGUGAAGAGCUUGAGAAGUAUAAUUCAGGGCUUUUGCUGCAGAACAAGCUAAAGAAUUAAUGUUCCUACUAUUGCGUACAGCCAAUCCAGGGACUCCUAGGAGAGAAACAGCUAAAGAGAUAUAUUCAGACCUACUGGGAAGAGAAAUUGAAUCGUCACAAUCGUUAGUCAAUUCAAUAGAGCGGCGAUAUCGAGAGCGGGUCAAAUGAUGCUUUUUGGGUAAUACGAUGGACAAAUGGCUUAAGCAACAGGGUGUUCCAUGGCUGAUGUUUGCUGGAAUGUAAUUAAAUGUAUAGCCAGGACACGACCAGAACCAGCCUGCAGGUAGUUCUGUGUAUAUUUAUAUACAUAAGAAAUAUUCACAUAAUUAGAGCAGUGGAAAUUAUCCUUGCCCAUUUUUACACAGUUGGUUUUUGUGCAAUUUACCAUACGGGCGCAAGUGACAUUAAAAGAAGCCACGUAUGGGGUCAAUAAGUCAAUGGCCAGAGGUGGGCGUCGGCGCACUUGGUUACCCCAGACAUAGUAACCGGAAUAACCAAGGGUGCGGAGAGAAUCAUUUUGGGGUAGGGAUGAGAAAAACCAGGUAUCAUUUUGUAUAUCAAAAGGGUCAUGGCAAACAGGAAUAAGGCAGGAGAUGAGGCACAGAAGCAAAUUCUCAGGGGUUGCUUCAAGCUGCUUUUCCUUUCUAAGCUGUUCAGCCUGAAAUGAGAGUGAUUUUAUCUGGCCCCACGCCAUACCGGGGUGGUUGAUUUCCAGUUGAGGGGGAGUGCAAGCUUACUCAUUAAAUUGAAUGGUAGCCUGUAAUUGUUGUAGUAAGUCUCUGCCCCACAGAUUGAGGUGGAUUUUCAGAACACAGGGCUGGAUAUAUGCAAUGGUUUCAGAGCUAUGAGGCAGAGAAACAGGCAGCCACUGUACGGUUUUGGAAGAGGUUUGAGGUCCACCUACACCCCAAACUGCUGAGGCAGACUCAAGGGGCCACGUGGGGUCCCAGCAACUACUGGGAAUUACAGAAAUGUCCGCGCCCGUGUCAAUCAAGCCUUCCAGAACCUUGCCAUUGAUUAUAUACUUACGAAGAAGCUUCUGUUCACCAAUCCGCUGGAUUACAGCUAACAGCUGUGGGGGAAAAGGAGAGAGCUUGUGCAAAUUACUAUCCAUAAUAGAAGCAGUAGGGUGAGAAGGGAGCACCACCAAAUGCGCCCAGGACUCACCCUUCUUUAACUGCAUGGGCAUAUGGCUCCAAAUUUGAACCAUUAUUGUGCCCACAUAGUCAGGAUCCAGUACUCCUGGAAUAACCUGGAUUCCUUCUUUGGCCGCAGAAAAUUUGGGUAAAAUUAAGCCUGCGACUUUAGGAGGUAGUGGGCCUGCCAAUUGGGUGGGCAUAAGCACAAUUUCACCAGGUAAAACAGUGUCUUUGGUCUCUUGAUUGAUCAAAUCAAUGGCAAAUUCAGAGGGUGUAUUUUUAGAAAAUUUUUCAGCAGCAGAAACUAAAGGCAGAAAGCUCUCUAUUUGUCCUGGCCCGAGAGUGGGGCCGCUAUGGAGUUUCCCGGACUCCUGCACUGAUUAGCCCAAUGAUAGCCUUUCCCGCAUUUCGGGCAUUUUUUGGAAGGCUUAGCCUUGUUGGCAGCACCAUUCCUGUUUGCCCCCCCCCCCCGCCAGGGGCUCUGCAUUGUUUAGCGAAAUGGCCUGGGCGCUUGCAAUUGUAGCAGUUGCCGGUAGGCUUAUUGCUAGCCUGGAUUGCGCCGGCAAGCAAAGACAUUGCAUGGCUCUGGCUACCAACAUCCGCACAAGCUUGAAUCAUAUCGGCCAGGUCAUAUUUAGGGCGAUGUAUGAUUGACUGCAACGCUUUCUUGCAAUCGGUGUUUGCAUUUUCAAAAGCCAAUUUUUUCAUCAAUUCAUUUUGAGCUGUAGUGUUAUCAAUCUGCCUAGUGACUGAUUCUUUCAAUCUAUCUAUAAACUGAUGGUAGGGCUCCGAAUGCUGUUGCUUAAUAUUAACAAAGGAGCUCAGCGGUUGCCCUGAGACAGGGACUUUCUAUUCCCCUUUAAAGCUGCUAAAUGUAUAUGGCAGUGUUCUGCUAAUGCUUCCUCCCACCCCUCCUCCGCCAUGUGCUCCCCACACCCUCCCCAGAACUGCUCCAGAGAAUUGAGGGAACACAUUGAACAGAAUUUGGGGCAUGUGAGGAGAGAAGAGAAACAUCAGCCUACGGGUAUCUAAAUGGAGUUCCAUGUGCUGAGGCUGUGUACCUAUGAAUUUCAGAUGAUGGAGACAAAUAGGGAAGACCAUCAUUGCUAUGAAAUGUUCAAUUUGGCCUGCUGGAAACAGAAUGCUUGUCAAGAUGGACUUUGGGUUUGCUCCAGGAAGUUUGUUUUUAUAUAUUGCCUAUCCUUCUGUGGAAUCUGUUCCUUUGGGUCAUUUUGAAACAGAUCCAAGUUUAGAAAACCCAAGUAUCUGUUUUACAGCAUACUUUCCUUUCCAGAUCACAGUAAGAGUUUUUUGUUUGCUUUUCUUUAAAACCUGAGGAGAUGAGGAGUAGCCUUUGCAAGAGAAAAGGUCGAAGUGAACACAGUGAACUGGGGCUUUUUAAUUCUGGGUCUCACAACAGUUGAUGAUGUUGGUUACUCAUUAUCUCCUCCUUUUCAUCUCUAGAGAAAGGGGUGGUUUUUGGAGCUCCACUGACUGAAGAAGGUAUUGCUCAAAUAUCUCAACUGAUAGAGUAUCUGCAUAAGAGUAAGUGGUUUGUGGUUUCCUUUCUAUCUUGUUUAGUCAAGGAUAGUGGACUGGUCUGGGGGCACAGAUUUAACUCACUUCUGAGCUGAAGAAGUCCUAGGAGCUAUGUGAUUCUAGACACUAACCUUUUCCUGCCCCCCCCAUAUCAAAUGUUUAGUGAUUUUUUUGUACUAGACCUCUGUAGGAUGUUCACAUAAUGUGGCAGGAAGAUAAGGAAAGUAUAAAAGGUUAAGAAGCUUUGUCAAUAUCCUAGAAGAGGACAACAUUUUAUCUAACAUAUUCUUGAUACGCCUUUUGUCUUUCUUCUCAUGGUGCAGAUCUGCGGGUUGAAGGCUUGUUCCGAGUGCCAGGAAACAGUACCAGGCAGCAGAACCUGAAAGAAGCCUUGAACAGUGGGACAGAAAUUGACUUGGAUUCAGGGGAGUUUCACUCCAAUGAUGUGGCCACUCUGCUGAAGAUGUUCUUGGGAGAAUUACCAGAGCCUUUGUUGACCCAUAAACAUUUCCAUGCACACCUCAAAAUUUCAGGUGAGUCAGCCUUGGAGGGAAGUGGGAACCAGCCCACAGGUUGUUAGCAUCAAUAAUUUGGGGUUUGCCUUGUUCAGUGCUAAAGCUGUUGGGUUAGGAUCAGAGAAAGGCCUACUUUCUCUGCCCAUGUCAUAAUAGGAAUAUAUAAGCAUGAAACCUUUGGGAUUUCUGAUUUAUGCUGAGGAAAAGAAGAGUGCAAAGGAGUGUGAUGGCAAGUUGGGAAUGGGCAGUUGAUAAAAUAGUGUAUAGUUUCCUGAAAUGUGUGUGCAGCUGAAGUUUCUUGAGAUGUUUUCCUGUUAAUAGAUCUGAUGCAGUUUGAUGACAAGGGCAACAAGACCAACAUACCUGAUAAGCAGCGUCAGAUUGAAGCACUGCAGCUCCUCUUCUUGAUCCUGCCAGCCCCCAAUCGCAGCCUGCUCAAAUUGCUGUUGGAUCUGCUUUAUCAGACAGCCAAAAAGCAGGACAGGAACAAGAUGUCAGCUCAUAACCUGGCUCUUAUGUUUUCACCUCACAUUUUGUGGCCUCGAAAUGUAAGUGGUGUUAGAUUUUUAGGCAGCAGUACAAAAAACCAGGCUGGGAAGGAGUUCAUCUGUCCUAUCCCAGCUUGGCUGCUGUGUCCUAACUCCUGAAAAUACACCUACCUGUACCAGGGAGCUUGCAUCUUACUUACACUCUCCUAACGAUUCUGCUUUGGUGUUUCCCACUGUUGCCAGGUGACUGCCAGUGACCUACAGGAAAACAUUCCCAAGCUAAAUAACGGGAUGGCUUUUAUGAUCAAGCACUCACAGAAGCUCUUCAAGGUAGGUGCUUCAAAAGGAAGGGACAAUCUCUAUCUCUCUUUCAGUAUCUGCUUAGCAAAUGUCUCAGGCUGUCCCCUCCUGGGGGAAAAUAUGUUCUGUGCACAGUCCUGACACUGUCAAGCCUGACAUCUUUUUAUCUAUUACUUCCUUGGAGGUGCUGUGUACUGUGCCUGCUCCCUUUGCUGGGUAGAUCACAAGUGGCACUGAUAUGUGAAAACAAGGCCUCCUAUUCUAAAUGGCAGGAUAUCCUGCACAUGUGAGUGUCCUUGUAGUUACCAUACCAAACUCUGCCUUAACCAGGCAGUGCCCCUUUCCUGAUCAGUUACUAUCAUGGCCUCUGAGGCUGCUCUCUGGGUCCUCAUCUGUCCCUCUUUGCCAUUUAGCUUAAUAAAUAUCCCUAUUAAUGGCUAAAAUCUCUAGAAAACUAGGCAGGUUCACAUUUAAUUGUCAAAAAGUAAGACUCCUAAAGCAUCUGGUAGCAUGCAACAUAUCUGAGAUGAUAAAGGACUGAAUGUUUGCCCUGGGUGACCCUCCUACCUAUAAAGGAAGCAUGCUUCAGAAGAUUUUGCAUGGAUUUCAUUCAAAGAUGAAGUUGCUGGUCUGGCGGGGUGAGUGCUUGGAGCAACUGCUAUAGGAUGGAACCUCAGAGUUAGGGAGACUUUAGCUUAAUUGUGUCUGACUCCUUCUGUUUCACUCUCCUUCCAAGGCUCCCUCAUAUAUCCGGGAAUGUGCAAGGCUGCAUUACUUGGACUCCAGAACACAUGCCUCAAAGGUAAGAGCAGUCCAUGACAUUGGUCAUGAAAGGGAGCACCCAACAUGGGCACCAGCAGGUCAGCAAACUGAUGACUAAAACAGUCUAGUUCAUGAGAAUUUCCAAUAAGGGAUUCUUUGGGGGAAAUCUAUUCCUUAGGAAGGCAGAAAAGAUGUAGUUAGACCCCAGUUUUGCCACUUGGACUGCUACAUAUCCCCUCUAAUAAAAUGUGUUCGUUAAGCUAAAAUUCUAGAGAACGGAACAAAUUCUCAUUUAACUAUCAAAAACAGGACAACAUUUAGUAUAGCAUAUGCAUAUUUUGGGGAGAGAGGAAAAGAUUGGGCCCUCAGCUGUUCACCCAGGUCUGACUUUGCUACUGGUUAUGAAGCUCAGACUACCUUUAUUAGUGUGAUGAAAGGCAAGAUAGCUAUCAUUGGGAGUGGGGUGCUGAUGGUCUUUAUAGGACAAAACAGCCUGAAGUGCAGAGUGUUCUUUUGAAUUUUUGCAGGAUGACUUGGACUUGCCUGUGCCCCGAAAUUUCAAAGACUUCCAGCUUCGGAAAUUCAAGAAGCGAGGACUGGUGGAUCCCUCUGCCCACCAAGAAGACACCCAGCAACAUACAGAAGAAGCACUGAAAGAGCUCUUCCACCAUGUUCAUAAUAUGCCAGACUCUGCCAAGAAAAAGAAGCUCAUUCAACAGGUAGAAGGGAGACUUGGGUAAUUGACUGGAGCAAAGAGGCAUGAAUGGGGCUUUGUGCUUGGAAUGGGAACCAGGAUCAAUCUUUGGGACAGGUGGGCAAUGCUGCAGAACUAAUCAUGCUAUAAAGUGUGUGUUCUAGUUUCAGAAGCACCCUGAAGCUCUCACGCCUCAGGCAGGUGUACCCACACCCCGGACCCAGAAGCGGGCUCGCACUCGUUCCUUCAGUGGCUUAAUCAAGGUAUGGCUCUUUCUACCAUUAACAAUAACUUCAGCUGCAGUGGUGCUGCUCAAGUUACUUCUCGCUGGUGUACAUAUCGGGCAUAUUGUCUGCUGUCCAGAUGCAUAAGCUUUCUGAUGGUAUGGGGUGUACAUAUUCAGGCUUCCAUAAAUAAGCCCUAUUCUGUUCUGUUGCCUUUUUCUUUCUGUUCCCCAGUCACAAUCCCAGUGUUUUCCUUUUCUUCAUGCAGCGUAAGGUGCUGGGGAGUCAAGGGUCUUUGGAUAAAAAAGGGAAGGAUGCAGUUUUGGAAUCAGCAGGCAUGAAAGAGCAGAAGCACGGCAGCAAGGAGAAUGUUAGCAUGGUAAGGCCAGCUGGAAGAACAAUCACUGUGCACUCAUAAUGGGGUUGGUUCAUGAAGGGGGUUGCUGCUAGCUAUUGCCUGCAUUUCAUAUCUGUCUGCACUGAUGUGGCGCCCUAAAUUAUCCUGAGUACAACAGGAAGUCUGGGAAUAAGCCUAGAGCUCUAGAUGCAUCACUCACAUGACUAACGGAGCAGCCCUAAGCUGUGUUGGUGCUGGGGCCUGGAAUAUGCCACUGCUAUGUGACUGGAAUGGCUACUAAAUGCAGUACCUGCUCAGCCCUGGACAUGAGUGGGGAAUGGAGGGAAGACACACCAGCCAUGACCCCAACUUCCUUGGAAACACUGCUAUUGUCCACCAGUUUCAGAAUGUAGUAGAAAUGAUACCUCCCACUCUGCCCAGAAAAAAGGGAGCCAAACCACACUGGCUGGCUUGUGAGUGGAGCCAUGCUAGCUACCACCAUGCUUCCUCAAUACACAGCAUCCCAACAUGUGAGCCUCAGUAGCGCGGCUCCCAAGAGGCCCCAGGCAGCCUUGUAGGAAGGGAUCCAGCACCUCAAAUACCCCACCCCACAUAGUUGCACACCAGCCUCAGAUCCCUGGCAGCCCAUAGAACCAACCACCCUGUGCCUGAUGGCGUCUGCUUUCUGGGUAGCAUCCCAUCCCUCACUGACUGCCUCAUAUCCCCUGGCAGCAACACUCAGCCCCCUGGUGCAUUCUCAGUAACCCAUCUGUGGAGCCAGAGGAAACAGGAAGUGGGGGAACCCAAGUCACAUCCAACCUCCCUACCACCCUCCUUCCAAGAGUUGCAUCCUAAAGCCACUUGAACCUGAUUCAACACUUAUGGAACAUUGAUUUUUUUUAUUGAAUGGCACCUGAUAGAGUGGAUCUGAAAAGAUAAAGAGGCAUGUACAUGGUUACUGACCAAUCAUCCCAGCAGAGUUUUUGUGCUGAGUGGCUAACCCUACAGAGGAGCAACUGGAAGGGAAAUUUUCUGUGCCAUGUUUGGUAUAAAGAUUUACUGUUGAUGUUGACAUGGAUGUGUAUUGAAGGGGUACGGGAUCCAGCAUAAGUGCUGCUUGUCUCUGUUGCCUAUAGCUGUGACGCUUUCCAGAUACGUAUGUCACUGGCUGAGCGUUCUGCCAGCAUAUCUGUUAUGGCAGUGACACAUGUGGCAUUCUUCCAGUGCAGCAGGGUUUCCACUGAAUCCUGUAACCCCUGAUCCAGUGUAGGAGGGAGCCCUAAGCCCAUCUGCCCUGCUGCUCUUAGGUAGUUGAACUCUUUCUUUCCCAGUGUAACAAAAGGCUGGUUUUUUCCUUUCCAAAUUUGGGGAAUUGAACUUGAUGCCUCUGCUCCUAUUGGCUGAUGGCCAUUUUUGCAUUUGGAUGCUCCUUCCUUCUGAAUUAAGGCUCCAUAUUUUUUUCUGGAGCAGCUUAAUUUCGAGAAGUUUGGCAGACAAGUGUGUGACACGGCAGGCUAGUAAAUCUAUGCAGCAUGAGUAAGAUCAUGUUAGAAGUUGACUUGAAUUUAGGUAGGCCAGUUGCUGGCAACUGAACCAUCCUAUCUUAGAGAGUGACAGCAAGGUUCAGAGGUUAGAGUUUUCUCAUCUUCCCUAGUUACAGAAACCUGCUUCCUCUCCAGCCAUCAAUGUGAUCUGAGCAAGUCUUAGGUCCCCUGAGGACAGGAAAGGGGAGUUCAAUUCUGUAUGUAUACAUUACCAUGUAUAAGCAGCAGCAGCUUGCAAUCUCAUGUUCUCCUUUUUGGUAUGAAGCCUAUGGACUUACAGAACUGCCUUUUGGAAUAAUAGAAUCAUAGAAUUGUAGAGUGGGAAGGAAUCCUAAGGGUCAUCUGGUCCAGCUCCAUACAAUGCAGGCAUCCUGCCCACAGCCACCCCUGGGUGGGUCUGAACCAUCAACCUCUGGUUAACAUCCAGACACAUUGACCCAUUGCACCACAGAGGCUGCAAAGAUUCUUUUUAAGUGUGUGAUGUGUGUCUGUAGCUUGAUGCCUAAACUCAUUGCCAAGAAUUGACCAAGAAGCUGCUGUCAGGAUGGUUAACUUUUAUCUGACAGAUAAAACUAGUGAAUAGAUUUAAAGUGUUAAUGUUAGUCCUCAAACUGCCUUGAGUAGGCUAUUUCUGUUGGCAGCAUCCGUGAAUGAAAGGAAGAUGUGCAGAGAAGCAACCAAGCUAGAAGAGUGGGUUAAAAUGGUCCUUAGCCUUAAAUCUGCUCUUCUCAACAGGAAGUAGAGGUGUAAUGUGGUGAAAUGUUUCCGUGGCUUCCUAUCCUUUCCUAAUGCUUGCAAGCACAGCUCAGUACAAAUGUACUAAUUAUUCUCCUUCUGGUACAGGACUCCCGUAAAUAUACUCGAUUCCAUGGUUCCUCGACAAAGGAGUCUUCCAUUUGAAGAUCCACUCAAUGGUCGGUCUCUCUCUUUAUAUCAAUAUAUAUCUACACACAGCAAAGACUUGCAGCUCUGUGGAUAAUGUCUGCUACUCCCAAGCUGUGAGUCAGGACUCGCUUAUCCCUCUAACCUCACUUAUUGGAGCCUGGCCUACAACUGUGUGUCUGCCAGAAUAACAGACUCUUCCACUGAACAUGAGGAAACCACUAUUCAACCACUUGUCUAGCCUGGGAAUGGACUGGACAGUAUCUGCAGUAUAGCCUCUCUUUGGAGAGGUUGCUUUGUAUGCCUUGUUCUCUGAGCUGUCCAUCUUUCUAACAGUUCUUUGGGACUUGGCUUACACUGUCCUGUUUUGUGGCUGGUGUUUGUUUGUUUGUUUUUUGAUUUUGGCUUUUAGUGUGUACGCACACUGUUUCUUUUACCCCUGCAAUUCCCAUUAGCAUCCACAGUAGAGUCAAGCUUUCAGAUCCCCUUGGCAGCUAGGCUCAUCUUGGCCUCUCUUUGUAUGGAAGUCUCUCUGUUGUGGUUACUGAUGGGAUUUGAGAAGUAGCUGUGCUCUUAGCUGCCUCUCCCAGAUUGCAGGGAUCUCCCUCAGGCCUGUGGCUCAUCUGUCACAAAUCCCAGCGUCGGACGUAUCCGAACUUGGACAUCUUAAACCAGGGAUGCGGGGAGCCUGUGGCACUCCAGAUGUUGUUGGAUUCAGUCUCCAGUUAGCCCAGCCAGCAUGUCCUAUUAUUGGGGAUGAUUGGGAAUUGUAGUCCAGCAAUAUCCCUCAUUUAAGAGCAGCGGUAGCAGGAAAUAAUUUCUGCAAACUGCCCCUUUAAAAAAAUAGAGCCCAAGGGCUCCUUGGCUGAAUGCUAGCAUGUCUGGUGAAUCACCUGCAAUGUGAUUACAUCUUUCUCCCCUCAAAAGGCCGCCAGUUCUGUUGCCACAGACACUUGCCUUCCGCCUGCUACGAUUAUUCUUCCAUCAGCGCUGAUUGCCAAGACAGCGUUUUGGCUGAGGCUCUGCCUGAUGGAGUCUGUUUCACUGCCCCCUACCUGUCACAUUCCCAUUGUCUGUGGCCCAGGCUCUGAUCUACGUUGCUCAGGCAGGACAGGGGGCUGACAGUUUAAUGACUAACAAUCUGCUGAAAAUGCACUGAAAGAGAGGAACUUGCAAAUACAGAAGGCUAACUGACUUGCUCCCUGGAGAGGAGGAGAGGCUGUCAAGAUGAAUAAAAGAAAUGUUCCUGUUUCCUUCCGUCAACGAGAAGAGGGCAGGUGGGAGGGUGGUGCAAUGCUAUAGCAAUACUGCUAUUUGCAGCUCUGUAUUUGCUAAGCUUUCCCCUGCACCUAAAGGAACAAGUGUCUGUCUGGGUCAGGUGUGGUGAACCUGUGGCCCUCCAAGUUGUGUUGGACAAAACGCCUAUCAAAACUCCCACCUAUUACCAGUACACUGUCAUCAGCACCAGCUAAUGUGGCUGAGUUGAACAACAUCUGGAGGGUCACUUACUAUUCCUGAUAACUGGCUUCUGCCUUAGUCUCAGAGAGAUUUGGUUCAAAGGCUUUUGCAAAGGCACUGUAUAUUUGAAUUUCCUAAAUAUGAGAGGAUUGAGCUUCUUUUUAUUCUAAAAACAGUCCUAAAUCCGUGUCAGGGACCCUGUCAAAUGGUCUUCUGAUGUGUAGAGAUGUAUACACCCCUGUUAAAGCAGGGAUGGGGAACCUGUGGCCUUCCAGGUGUUGUUCAACUCAACCUCUUGUCACCCACAACAAGUAGCCAUAUGGUCUGGAGCUGAUAAAGAGUUUGGGGUCCGACCACACCCAGAGACUCACAGGUUAGCUGCUUCUAUGUUCCUCAUCUCCCCAACCCCCAAGCUGGUAUGUAGCUUCAGCCAAAGAAGCAGAAAGCUGCUAACACUUGGGAGGUCAUAGGCAAGACUGAAAAGUGCCAAAAAAAAAAAAAAAAAGUCAGGGGAAGCAAUCAUAGUGGGCAAAACCAGUUUCAGCUACUCUAGAUCUUAAGCUUGGGUCAUUCAGAUCUUAGCAGCAAUGUAGGUGAAAGCAGGACUGCCCCAAUUGUUGCGUCAGUGUUGCUUGUGCAGGUUCUCUGACUGCCCCCAUUGUUUUUCAUGUUUUACUGUUCUCUUAACUUAUCCUUGUGUGGACAACCUUUACUUAUUUAUGCAAUGUAGUAAUGUAAGUAAAAUAAUAUGUUUCUUGUGGUGUAUUGCCCUCUGUUAAUGUGAAAAUCCUACAUUAAAUACUGGUGGUUAUUGGUGCCUUCUUAACAGGC